CCAAGGCAUGGGCUGCAGCGUCUGUCUCUGGCUGCUGAUCUCUCUCGGCCGUGUGUGGGGCACAGGCCGCGGGGCGAGAGAGACGGUUCUGGGCACUUUGGGGAAGGCGACGAUAUUGUGGAUCCCCCCUGAACUCCAGAACCUCACCCUGCGCUUUGGGGCGGCUGUGUGGAAGCGGGACACGGACGACCCGCAGAGGAAGCUCGUCCUGCUGAAGUACGCGGACGGCAACUACACCAACUACAUGCAGGGCCGAGCGCAAUUCCACGAGUCGGAUUUUUCCCUGGAGAUCCUGAACACCAGCCGGCAGGACCAGCAGUUCUACGAGUACAUAGUCAGCAAGGGGCCGGAGGAGAAAGUCUGGCAGAUACAGCUGGAGGUGUACGAGCCGGUGUCUGAUCCCAGCAUCCACGUCCUCAGCUGGGCGUUGGCCAACGGCAGCUGCACCGUCACCCUCAACUGCACGGCAGCGCGAGGGGACAACGUCCUCUACAGCUGGGACAGCUGGGACACCAGCACCUCGGGGCUCUGCUCCGGCAGCGGCAGCCUCCUGCACUUCUCCUACCCCCUGCAGAACACAAGCGUCGCCUGCACCUGCACGGCCAGCAACGCCAUCAGCAGCCAAGUCGUCACCUUCAACUUCUCCGAGUGCAGCUACGAGCAAGGGGGCAGCGCCGGGCUGAGAGUGAAGCAGCUGGUGGUGGUGGUGGUGGUGGUGGUGGCGGUGGUGGUGGUCAUUGCUGCGUUGAUGUUCUUCAGGGUCAAGACCAACAGUUUGGCCAUGCCCACCGCCUGUAAAAAGCGGGAGCACUCGCCGCUCGUGGAGUACAACGCGGUGCACACUAUCUACUCCCAAGUGCAGCGGGUGGAGAAGCAGAAAGUGGCUCCAACCGCCGAGGACCUCUCCUGCACCACCAUCUACGCUGCAGCCACCGGCCUGCCCCCAGACACAGCCCAGGCCCCCAACAGACCCCCAUGCCCCCCACGCAGCCCCCUGAGAGAGGCCGUUGCCCCGCAGGGCCACCCAUCCCUCCUACAGAGCCCCGACAAGGAGCCCACGACGGUUUACGCCAGCGUGAUGAUGCCCAUGGCCUGAGCCUCUCCAGGCAGCGGGCAGCCGCCCAGCCCGGCCCCCACCUCUGCUCACCGGGCACCGACAUCCACGUUCUUCCCGGCUGGAGGGAAACCCCGCUCGUCCCCAGGGAAUUGGGGCAAAACCCUCUGGCACACACUGACCCCCGCCACUGCUGAGCUGGGGCUGCGACGACAGCCA